UGUCAGCUGGGAGUUCUCGUCAGAUGGUGUCGUGAAUCCCGUUAAAUCACAUCGAUCAGUGCGCGACGGAGACAGAGUCAAGAUGAGCGGUGGUAUGCCAGAGCUGGGCUCGAAGAUCAGCUUGAUCUCGAAGGCAGAUAUUCGCUAUGAGGGCCGACUGUUCACCGUCGAUCCGCAGGAGUGCACGAUCGCCCUUGCUAACGUGCGCUCCUUUGGUACUGAGGACCGAGAAACUCAACUUCCUGUGGCACCACAAAAUCAAGUGUACGAGUACAUCCUGUUUCGUGGAUCUGACAUCAAAGACAUUAGAGUUGUCAAUAAUGUUAGUUCUAUUCCCAAUGAUCCAGCUAUUGUGCAGAUGACAGUGCAGCCAUCUAUAGGUCAGCAAUCAUAUCAACCGCAGCCCAGUUAUGGCCAUCCGAUGAUGGGCCAGAUGGGCCCAAUGGGUGGCCAAUACGGAGCCCCCUACGGCAUGGGUAUGGGAGCCAUGGGCCCAGUAAUGGGAAUGCAGACUGCAGCUAGAGAUCCUCGCGGAACAAUUAAUAAACAGCAAAGUGAGUUGAGCUUGGGCUCCGCUGAACCCAAUGCCAUCUCUAUCCCAAACUCACUGCCAACGGCCAAUAUCGACCCAUUACCAAAAGAUCAAUCUCUGGAAGAUGGUGUAUUGGAUCUCAUCAGUGGUGGUUCUCGUUCUACCACUCCUACAUCAUCCUUACUCACAAGGAAAAGCCCAACCAUGGAUCAAGGUAUUCAGGUAGGACAUGAACAGCAAUCGCAGCAGCAGAGUAGUAACAUUGGAAAAAUGAAUGACAAGUCAAACAUCAGAACCGUCCAACCGCCUCGUCGAGAUCACGAUAGUCACGGAAGUGCUAAGGCUAAUAUGGGCAUGUCUCAUUAUAACGAUGCAAAGAGGGACAUGAUGAAGCACGAUGGCCAUAACCAAGGUCAUGGCCAAGGUGGUCGAGGUAACCGCGGUCAUCAUCCCCAAGGUGGUUGGGUGAAUCGCGGCAAUAUGAGAGGUAGAGGAGGAGGUAGAGGACGCGGUAAUUUCCGUACGAUUCAAGCAGGCAACGCUGGUGCCAAGCCUAAGAAUACACUCAAAUUUGACAAUGACUAUGAUUUCGAGCAAGCCAACACUGAAUUCGAAGAGUUGAGAUCGCAAUUGGCAAAAACGAAGAUCGAUGGCACAGACAACGAGAAGAAAGACGACAGUGGGAAUGAAACAGGCGCGGGUGAAGGUGAACCUGAGGAAGAACCAGAGAUUGUUCACUAUGAUAAAUCGAAGUCAUUCUUUGAUAAUAUUAGCUGUGAAGCUGUCGAAAGGAGUAAAGGGCGAUUCCAACGCACGGAUUGGAGAACGGAACGAAAGCUGAAUUCGGAAACGUUUGGCGUAGCUUCCACGAGACGCGGAGGAUUCCGCGGCCGUGGUUAUUUCACUCGCGGAAUGGGAAACAUGUACAGAGGCAGCGGUGGUGGCAACCCCGGUUUCCGGGGUGGCUAUCGAGGUAGCAGGGGCGGUAAUCGAAAGCCUCCUAACCAACUACAGAAUAAUACGGUGAGUCAAAAUCGCGCGACCAACGAACAGUCUGCCUCUCAAUCGCAGACGAACGUUAUUUAAAUAUAAAGGAAGAAUGUAAUUUGUCACCGGUACGGCGUAAAAGAGUAUAAGUAAUAUGCCGCGGAGUAUGAGCGAUGCGCUGCUAUAUAUAAGUAUUGAACUAUAGAUUAAGAUUUUUACGAUAUGUGGUCUACCGUUACGGACUGAUUUGGGUUAGAAUUUGGCAAUCGAAUAACAAAAGAUACACGCGGCCGGCGUAAUUGUAGAUUAUAUUGUAUAAGGAAGCGCGCUUUUUUUUUUCUUGCAAGCGCCGAACCGGUGGUUACGUGUGGAGUUAGAUGACAAGAAUCGCACAUAUGGACGUUUCUGGCGCAUAUGACUCUUUGCAUCGAUAUUUUGCGACGAGAUCGAAGAAGGUACUUUUAGAGACAAAUUUUCUUAUCGCUUAGUCGACAAUGAUCACGAUGAGUUGGCGUCAAGAAAAAAAAAAAAAUACAUUUUCGUCAGGGAAGUAAAGUCAAUUACAACUAGGAUGUUGUUCCUUACCCUUCUUUUUUAUAUUGAUACUUAUUUGUGGAUUCAGAUAUAAGAACAUUUAAGGAAGAAAAUUAUGGGAGGGGAAAUAGUCAUAAGUUUUAUUUAAUUAGAAGUAUGUGUCUAUCGAUAAAAUUCUUAAUCUGAAGCUACACUUUAAACAAAUUAGUUUGUAGCUAGGAAAAAUUGUACAAUUCGAUCGUGAUCAUUCUUCAGUCCGGUUUUCUCAAGACUUGACUAUAAAUAAUUAUGGAAUGGCUUUAUGAUGAUGGUGACUUGAUGAUACUGGUCGUUAUGGAAUAGCUGGUUUGUAUCCGUAUAUCGGAAGUGGAUGGUAACAGACGUGCAUAAAAGUACUUUCUCAUCAAAGUAUGUAAAAAUCGAUUGUAUCUAAUUGCAUUUGUCGAGAAUAGAAAUACUGUGAAAUAUAUAGUACAAGGCAAAUUUGGCGAAAAAAGAUAUCCUUUUAUUUUGUUUUGUUUUUUCUUUUUUUUCUUUUGAGCAUACGCAGACAAAA